AUGUCAUCCGAGGAGCCAAAAGGCGCGGCUUUGCCCGUGCACGCCAAGGAUGACCCAAUGGUUGACGCAGAGAACGCUCCCUCGAAAAGUGCUCUGAAGAAGGCCGCCAAAGAGGCUGAGAAGGCAGCAAAGAAAGCCGCGGCCAAAGAAAAGGAGGCUGCUCAACGUGCACAGCAAGCCGCUGCCGCCGAUGAGGACAAGGCUGUCGACAACUACGGCAGCAUCACCAAAGCAAAAGAGACUGGUGUGAUUCAUCUGAAGAAGCUGAACGAGACUCAUGCCGACCAAGAGAUCACAGUCAUAACGAGAAUACACAACAGCAGAGUCCAGAGUGCAAAGUUGGCGUUCUUGAUGCUCAGACAGCAGGGAGAAACUAUUCAGGCUGUAAUGGCUGCAGCCGGCGACGAUGUGUCGAAGCAGAUGAUCAAGUGGGCGACAGCCAUACCUGUCAACUCCUUUGUCAGAGUGACUGGCCUAGUCAAGAAGCCCGACCCUGCCAUUGCGUCAGCAAGCAUCUCAAAUCUCGAACUAAAUGUGAAGAAAAUCUACGAGAUCUCGAGAGCAAUGGAGAUGCUACCUAUGCAGGUCAAGGACUGCGAGCGACCGCCGCCUGAGUCGAAUGAGGAGGGCCAGAGCGACGCCACAGGUCCCAUCGUCACCCUCAAGACCCGUCUCGACAACCGCGUGAUCGACUUCCAGACCGACGUGAACCAGGCCAUCUUCACCAUCUCCAGCGCAGUAGAAGUCCUCUUCACCGACUACAUGGUCAAGGCAGGUUCUCGGAAAUUCAACACAGCCAAGUUUGUCGGAGCAGCAACAGAAGGUGGUGCCGGCGUCUUUGAGGUCACCAACUACUUUGGGAAGAGCGCAUAUCUCGCCCAGUCCCCCCAGUUCUACAAGCAAAUGCUCAUUGCUGGCGACUGCGAAAGCGUCUUCGAGAUUGGCCCUGUCUUCCGUGCUGAGAACAGCAACACCCAUCGCCAUCUGACUGAAUUCACCGGCCUUGACUUCGAGAUGGUCUUCACCAAUCACUACCACGAAGUCCUCACCUUCGCCGAGAAUCUUAUUGUCUUCAUCAUAACUACCCUCCAGAAAUCCUACGCCGCCGAAAUCGCCACUGUCCAAAAAUUCUACCCCCGUGCCGGUGACUUCCGCAUCAAAGACAACAAAGCCCUGCGCCUAAACUACGCCGACGGCAUCCGCCUUCUCAAGGAAGCUGGCGUCGACACCUCCGAGCAAGACCGCUUCGAGACCGAUCUUAGCACCGCCAUGGAGAAGCAGCUUGGCAAGAUCAUUCGCGAGAAGUACGACACUGAUUUCUAUGUCCUCGACGAGUUCCCCAUGGCUGUACGGCCCUUCUACACGAAGCGACAUCCGACCGACCCGAAUCUGAGCAACUCGUACGACUUCUUCAUGAGAGGAGAGGAGAUCAUGUCUGGCGCGCAACGCAUUAAUGAUGCGGGCGAGUUAGAGCAGAGUAUGCGGGCUAAGGGCGUUGAUCCGACGGCAGAGGGUUUCCAGGACUAUGUGAAUGCAUUCCGACAGGGCUGUCGGCCGCACGCGGGUGGUGGGUUGGGGUUGAACCGAAUCGUGCAGUUCUUCUUGGGGCUCGAUAAUGUGCGGCAGGCAACGCCGUUUCCGAGGGACCCGCAACGCUUGCGGCCAUGA